CGCAAGCACAGGAAACUCCAACUCCGCCUAAUAAUUCCAUCGCAACCCUCAACCACUUCUUAUCCUUUGGCAUUGGCACACAUACAAGCGCGGGCGUCGGUAUCUUCUUUCUUCGCACUCUCGGCAUCUUCACUUUCGCCUUUUCUCCACGUCGGGUCCCAAUCCGUCCGCUGCCUGUUUGAUGCGCGACUCUACCGUCCUGCCCAUACUAAUUCGCCAUCAUGGGUUCUCAACUCCCCAUUAAGUUCACGGAGUUACUCCAACUAGGCAACUAUGAGAUUCAACCGGCCUCGAUAGGCUUCAACACCUGCACACUCGAAUCCGACCGCUACAUAUGCGUCCGCCAGACUUCGGAAACUGGUCAAGCUGAAGUCAUCAUAAUCGACCUCAAGAACAACAACCAUGUGCUCCGCCGGCCCAUCAAGGCUGACAGCGCCAUUAUGCACCCCAACAAACUCAUAAUUGCUCUUAAGGCGCAACAGAGGACAUUGCAGAUCUUCGAUCUGGAGAACAAGGCUAAGCUGAAGUCGGCUACCAUGCCAGAGGAUGUCAUGUUCUGGAAGUGGUUCAAUGACACGUCGUUGGGCCUGGUCACGGACAAUUCAGUCUACCACUGGAAUGUCUUUGAUCCAGCCGCCACUCAGCCAGUCAAGGUAUUUGAUCGCAACGCUAAUCUUGCCGGCUGCCAGAUCAUCAACUACCGCGUCAGUGACGAUGAAUCGUGGAUGGUGGUUGUUGGCAUCUCCCAGCAGCAAGGUCGCGUCGUGGGCGCUAUGCAACUGUAUUCGAAAGCACGAGGUAUCAGCCAGUCCAUCGAAGGCCACGCAGCCGCAUUCGGUACCCUUCGCCUUGAUGGCGCCAGUGAGGACAGUAAGCUGUUUACAUUUGCCGUGCGAACCGCUACCGCUGCCAAGCUCCACAUUGUCCAGGUCGAUCACACGCCUGGCCAGCCGCAGUUUGCGAAGAAGAAUGUAGACAUCUUCUUCCCGCCUGAGGCAACCAAUGACUUCCCGGUUGCAAUGCAGGUUUCGAAGCGUUACAGCGUCAUCUACUUGGUGACAAAGUAUGGCUUCAUUCAUCUGUACGAUCUUGAAAGCGGCACCUGCAUCUUCAUGAACCGCAUCUCCAGCGAGACCAUCUUCACCACGUCCGCCGACUCCACAUCUUCCGGCAUCAUUGGGGUCAACAGAAAAGGGCAAGUUCUGACCGUCAGCGUCGACGAGUCCACCAUCAUCCCGUACCUCCUGCAGAAUCCGGCGAACGGCGAGCUAGCCUAUAAGUUGGCAUCAAGAGCGAGUCUACCCGGUGCGGACAACCUGUAUCAGCAGCAGUUCGAGAGAUUGCUUCAAUCGGGCUCGUACACAGAGGCUGCGAAAACUGCUGCUAACUCGCCUCGUGGGUUCUUGCGUACGCCGACCACGAUCGAGCGAUUCAAGCAGAUUCCUGCUCAACCUGGCCAGCUCUCCGUUAUCCUGCAGUACUUCGGAAUGCUUUUGGACAAGGGAUCGUUGAACAAGUACGAGACACUCGAGCUUGUGCGCCCUGUCCUCGCUCAGAACCGUAAGCACUUGCUCGAGAAAUGGCUUGGUGAGAACAAGCUGGAGUGCUCGGAAGAGUUGGGUGACAUCGUACGCCAGCACGAUCUUGCUCUCGCUCUGACCAUAUAUCAGCGAGCACAGGCACCACAAAAGGUCGUUGCAGCUCUCGCUGAGCUGGGUCGCUUCGAGCAGAUCUUGCCAUACACAAAAGAAGUCGGCUACACCCCCGAUUUCACCGUUCUGCUGCAGCAUAUCGUUCGUGUCAACCCAGAGAAAGGUGCCGAGUUUGCGUCUGCGCUGGUCAAGGAUGAAAAUGGCCCACUUGUCGAUAUCAGCCGUGUGGUUGACAUCUUCCAGUCGCAGGGCAUGAUUCAGCAAGCAACAGCCUUCCUGCUUGAUGCACUCGCAGGUGACCGUCCCGAGCAGGGCGAUCUUCAGACAAGACUAUUGGAGAUGAACCUGAUCAAUGCACCCCAAGUCGCUGAUGCCAUCCUGGGCAACGAAAUGUUCCACUAUUACGACAAAGCACGCAUUGCCUCGCUAUGUGAGAACGCUGGCUUGUUGACACGUGCUCUCGAGCACAACGAUGAUCCAGCCGCUAUCAAGCGUAUCAUCGUCCACACAGAUAAGCUACCGGAAGAGUGGCUGCUCAACUACUUCGGCCAGCUAACUGUCGAACUCUCGCUUGAGGCUUUGGAUGAGAUGCUCAAGUUCAACAUCCGUCAGAACUUGCAGGCCGUCAUCCGAAUCGCGCAGAAGUAUUCCGAUCUUCUGGGCCCGGUCCGUAUUGUGAGCUUGUUGGAGAAGCAUCGUACUGCCGAGGGACUGUACUAUUACCUUGGCAGUAUCGUGAACAUCUCUGAAGACAAAGAUGUGGUGUUCAAGUACAUUGAGGCAGCUACCAGGAUGGGGCAGCUGAAUGAGGUCGAGCGAGUCUGCCGUGAGAACAACUUCUACGAUCCGGAGAAAGUAAAGAACUUCCUCAAAGAAGCCAAGCUGAGCGAGCAGCUACCGCUCAUCAUCGUGUGUGAUCGCUUCAACAUGGUUCACGACCUCAUCCUUUACCUAUACAAGAACCAGCAAUUCAAGUCGAUUGAGGUAUAUGUGCAACGCAUCAACCCAUCACGAACCCCAGGCGUCGUGGGUGGUCUCCUUGAUGUCGACUGUGAUGAGUCCAUCAUCAAGAGUCUCCUCGCCUCCGUCAAUCCUGCUUCCAUUCCGAUCGAUGAGCUGGUUUCCGAAGUGGAAUCUCGAAACCGUCUCAAGCUUCUCUUGCCCUUCCUUGAGCAGACGCUCCAGUCCGGCAACCAACAGCAGGCAGUGUAUAACGCGCUUGCGAAAAUUUACAUUGACAGCAACAACAAUCCAGAGCGCUUCUUGCAGGAGAACGAUCAGUAUGACUCACUUGUCGUUGGCAAAUAUUGUGAGAAGCGUGACCCGAACCUUGCAUUUGUGGCGUAUCGCAAGGGUCAGAAUGAUCUCGAGCUUAUUAACAUCACGAAUGAGAAUGGCAUGUUCAAGCAGCAAGCACGGUAUGUGCUUGAUCGUGCGGAUCCAGAUGUCUGGAAGUUCGUGCUCAACGACAGCAACAUGUACCGUCGCUCAUUGGUCGAUGCUGUAGUCGCUACCGCAGUUCCCGAAUGUAGUGAACCAGAGAAGGUAUCUAUUGCCGUCAAGGCUUUUGUUGAUGAGGAUCUGCCCUCCGAGUUGAUUGAAAUGCUUGAGAAGAUCAUCCUUGAGCCUUCUCCGUUCAGCGAUAACCCGACUCUUCAGAACCUUCUCAUCCUUACCGCUUGCAAGGCUGACAAGGGUCGUGUCAUUGGUUAUAUUCAGCAGCUCAACAACUACACUCCAGAAGAUGUUGCGGAGCAAUGUAUCGACCAGGGCAUGUUCGAGGAAGCUUUCGAGAUCUACAAGAAGGACAACAAUCAUGCCGCUGCUGUUAAUGUCCUCACUGAUCAUAUUGUCAGCAUCGACCGAGCACAUGAAUAUGCCGACCGUGUAGACCUUCCUGAGGUGUGGAGUCGCGUUGGCAAGGCUCAGCUUGAUGGCCUUAGGAUUACUGAUUCCAUCGAGUCUUAUAUCCGUGCUCAAGACCCGUCCAACUAUAGCGAAGUCAUUGAAAUCGCGACGCAGGCAGGUAAAGACGAAGACCUUAUCAAGUUCCUACGCAUGGCUCGCAAAACCCUACGCGAGCCAGCUGUCGACACUGCGCUUGCUUUCUGUUUUGCUCGCCUUAACCAGCUCCCAGAGCUGGAGGACUUCUUGCGUUCGACCAACGUGGCUGACGUCGAGGCCUCCGGUGACAAGGCAUACGAGGAAGGCUACCAUGAGGCUGCCAAGAUCUUCUACACUAGCAUAUCUAAUUGGGCUAAGCUCGCGACAACGUUGGUUCAUCUUGAUGAGUACCAGCAGGCUGUCGAGGCUGCUCGCAAAGCGAACAGUACUAAGGUUUGGAAGCAAGUCCAUGAUGCUUGCGUCGCGAAAAAAGAGUUCCGUCUCGCACAGAUUGCUGGACUCAACCUCAUUGUUCAUGCCGACGAGCUUUCGGAUGUUGUGCGACAGUAUGAAUACAACGGCUACUUUGAUGAGCUUAUCAAUCUGCUUGAAGCCGGUCUUGGUCUUGAGCGAGCACACAUGGGCAUGUUCACUGAGCUGGGCUCGGCUCUUGCGAAGUACCACCCAGAACGUGUCAUGGAGCACCUGCGUGUAUUCUGGUCGCGCAUCAACCUGCCCAAGAUGAUCACAGCCUGCUUGGAAGCCCACCUGUGGCCGGAGCUGAUCUUCUGCUACACUCACUACGACGAGUGGGAUAACGCAGCACUGGCCAUGAUGGAGCGCGCUGCGGACGCGUGGGAGCACCAGUCUUUCAAAGACAUUAUCGUCAAAGUAGCCAACUUAGAGAUCUACUACCGCGCUCUGACCUUCUAUCGCAGCGAGCAUCCAAUGCUGCUGACCGAUCUCCUCCAAGCUCUUACGCCACGCAUUGACGUCAACCGGGUUGUCUCCAUCUUCCAGAAGUCAGACGACAUUCCGCUCAUCAAGCCGUUCCUGAUGGCUGUGCAAGGCCAGAACAAGCGCAGUGUCAACUCUGCGAUACAUGACCUGCUUAUUGAGGAAGAGGACUAUAAGACACUUCGGGACUCGGUCACGGCUUAUGACAAUUAUGAUGCUCCAGAGCUUGCACAGCGCCUUGAGCGACACGAUCUCGUGUUCUUCAGACAGAUUGCGGCCAACAUCUGGCGCAAGAACAAGCGAUGGCAAAAAUCCAUCGAGCUGUCCAAGCAGGACAAGCUGUACAAGGACGCCAUCGAAACGGCUGCUAUGUCUGGGAAACCGGAGGUCGUCGAGGAGCUGCUCCGAUAUUUUGUCGACAUUGGCAGCAGGGAAUGCUACGUUGGCAUGUUGUAUGCUUGCUAUGAUUUGCUGCGUCCGGAUCUCAUCUUGGAGCUUUCGUGGCGCAAUGGUCUUCACGAUUUCACCAUGCCUUUUAUGAUCAACAUGCUUGCCCAGCAGACAGCUACAAUCGAGAUGCUCAAGAAGGAUAACGAGGAGCGCAAGGCAAGGGAGGCAUCCCAGCAGAAGGACGAAGACAACACUCCGAUUCUCGGUGGAUCGCGCCUGCUGCUAACGCAGGGACCCAUCAACAGCGCGCCAUCGCCGACCCCUUAUGGCCAGCCCAACGGCAUCGCACCUCAAGCCACUGGCUUCCGGGCAUUCUAGAAUACAGGCCCUCGUUCGCCCGCAGCUAAUGUGCGUGCAGUGUGUUUGAGAAGCGACGGCCAAGAUUUUUAAGACAAUCGCCGCAUCUACCCGACCAUGCGUCCACGCAGCAGUUUGAGUUCAUUGUUUUUUCCAACGACGUUUUCGGGAGUCACGGUGACCGAGGAUGGGAUUCUCUUGGGAGACAAUGCGAUUGUACAAUUGAGGCUCAGGGCCCCAGACCGCCCUGGGAGUCCUGUGGGUAUCUUUCACGCCUUCUACACGUGUGUAUGUAAUUUGGGAGCCUUGGUUCCUUUUGACAGCAACGUGCGGAGAUACGCCGGGAGAUGGUGGAUCUGUGGGAUCGAUUUCCCCGGCUGCAUGCCUGUGCUGUUUUGAGGUGUGCUCGUGGAUGGGGAAUGAGUUAGAAAAGUGCCGCGUGUCUUGCUUUACUUUUUUUGAACUUGCGUUUACGGUGAGCUGUGUACAGUAGUAGAACAUACGGUGUGUCUCGUUCUUCCUCUUUUUUACCCAGUUUCCGUAGUCUAAAGCCUUCCACGUGCCCUCUCUCGUUUG